UCCCGUUUCAAUGAAUUAUUAUUAUUUGGGCAAUGCCGUUGCAGACCACUGUGGCGAGGUUCGCGAGCACACCCAACCUCACGCUAUCAUUACCACAAUCGAAAUUCCAAAACCCUAAAUGCUCCUUUUCUCCUUAAUCUCCCUCCACUAUCUUCAAUAACACGUUUUGAUUUCAUGUCUGCUCCCGCUGAUGAGAUAUCCAAUCUCGUUAAUGGUAGUGUUGCCGAUGACGAUGAAGACGACGACGACGACGACGAAGGAGAACGCAGCGCUGCUGCACCAGCAAGAAGAAGAAGAGGUGGAUUUGGCAAGGCAAAAGAGAUGGCGAUGCAUCAAUUCACGAAAGCCAAGACUCAAUUGCGCAGAGUCAGAAGCAGGAGGGCUCUGCUUCGAUCAUCGUCAUCGUCAACGUCUUCUGCGAAUGCAAGUAGAAGAGGCUUUUCCGGUAAGGAAACUAGUGUUAGAGGCACCGAUGAUUAUUAUAACGGAAGUAAAUGCAAGUUUUGUUUUUCGCGUCCGAGAGUGUUGGAAUCCCCUGAAGAAGGUGGAUCUUCUGUCACCAGUGAUCCCAAUGACCCGAAAUUCAUCAAUGCAAUGUUGAGGCUCUUGAUAGAGAAGAAUGAUUUCCAUUCCAAAGAAUGCAAUCCACACAUGGAUUGACACUUGAAAGGUUCAGUUCCUUUCUGAACAUAAACAUUGAUCGUUGAUGCUGCUGUUAUUCUUGUUGUGAUCUCUGAGUUUGUUGUAUCAAUUAUUUGAUAUUUAA